CAAAAAAACGCUGAAAGAAAACAUAAAAAACUCAAAUUUCGAUUGUGUACAGAAUCAGGAAGUGAAGGAAAAAAAUGGCGACUGCAGUUAAUUGCUGCCUGUCUUCUUCUCCGUGCUUCAGUCUUCAAAACAAGCUCAAAAGCCUUUUACUUAAAAACAAUAUCAACUCUUCUUCUUCUUCUUAUGGUUUACAUCAAAAUUUCAGUGCUUUCAAGACUCUCAGUUUCUCCAAAAACAUCUCUAGCAAUCUCCUCUCCGAAGGGAGCCUUUGUUUUAGCACAGUUACUCAAAAACCAAAUCGUUAUUCUGUUGUUUGUGAGGCUGCCCCGAAGAAGAAGGCCGAUUCAGCUGCUAAGAGGGCUCGUCAGGCCGAAAAGAGGCGAAUUUACAACAAAGCAAAGAAAUCUGAAGUCAAAACUCGGAUGAAGAAGGUUUUGGAGGAACUCGACACACUGAGGAAGAAACCUGAUGCUCAAGCUGAAGAAAUCUUCCCAAUUGAGAAACUGAUUGCUGAUGCCUAUUCCGCAAUCGAUAAAGCAGUAAAAGUGGGAACACUGCAUAGGAACACCGGAGCACGCAGAAAGUCUCGUCUUGCAAGGAGAAAGAAGGCUGUUGAAAUCCACCAUGGCUGGUAUACCCCUGCUCCAGCUGCAGAUGCAGCCUAGAAGAGGAGCCAUGUCCAGAAAUCUUCUAGUUUCCCUAGGUAGUGAACCUCAACUGCUAUUUGUUACUCCAUUGUCGGUUCUGUUGUCUAAAUGAUCCCUCUUUGAACACAUUUUGAGGAUCAUGUUCUGUUGAGUUCGUAAAUUUUCUGGACAUUACUAAACAUGCCCCAGUAGUAACACUUCCGGGAUCUCUCUCAUUAA